AUGAGAAACGUCACACCGACGAGCGUCCCUAUUCCUGUUCAGAGUGUGGGAAAUGUUUCAUUCAGAAAGCAGACCUGCUCAAACACGAGAGAAUUCACACAGGUGAACGCCCCUUUCCAUGUUCCAAGUGCGGGAAAUUUUUCAGUGACAAAGGUAACCUUCUUAAACACCAGAGAAUUCACACCGAUGAGCGUCCAUAUCCAUGUUCGGAGUGCGGGAAGUGUUUCCUUAAUAAAAGUAACCUGGUUAAACAUCAGAGGAUUCACACAGGGGAGUGUCCUUAUUCGUGCCCAGAGUGCGGGAAAUGUUUCAACGACCAAGGAAACCUUAUUAGGCACCAGAAAAGUCACACGGGCGAACGACCCUUUUCAUGUUCAGACUGCGGGAAAUGUUUCACUCAGAAAAACAUACUUCUUACACACCAGAAAUGUCACACUGAUGGCUGUCCCUAUAGAAGUCACACGGGCGAGCGUCUCUUUCCGUGUUCAGAGUGCGGGAAGUGUUUCAUUCACAAAUGCAACCUUGUUAAACACCAGAGAAUUCACACAGGGGAGCGUCCCUAUUCGUGUUCAGAGUGCGGGAAAGGUUUCUAUGACAAGGGAAACCUUAUUCAGCAUCAGAGAAUCCACACAGGUGAACGCCCCUUUUCCUGUUCAGAGUGCGGGAAACGUUUCAUUCAGAAAGGAGACCUUAAGAAACAUCUGA